AUGGGCAAGGUCCGCUCCUUCUUCUCCCGCUCCCGCAGCGGCAAGCGCGCCACCGCCGGUGGCGCCGCCCGUGCAGGCUCGUCCUCGCCCCUCUCCUCCGCGCCGCCCUCCCCGUCCCCAUCCCCGUUCGCUCGGAGGUCGUCGUCGUCGCGGCGUAACCUGCCCGCCGCCCCCGCGACGCCAACAGCCGGGGCGGACGACGAGACGGAGCGCGUGUUCCGCAAGUUCGACGCGAACGGCGACGGGCAGAUCUCGCGGGCCGAGCUCGCGGCGCUGUUCGCGAGCGUGGGGCACGCGGCCACCGACGACGAGGUGUCGCGGAUGAUGGAGGAGGCCGACGCGGACGGCGACGGCUACAUCAGCCUGCCCGAGUUCGCGGCGCUCAUGGAGUCGGCCUCCGCCGACGCGGACGCCGUCGAGGAGGACCUCCGGCACGCCUUCUCGGUCUUCGACGCCGACGGCAACGGGCUCAUCACCCCCGCCGAGCUCGCGCGCGUCCUCCGCGGGCUCGGGGAGUCCGCCACCGUCGCGCAGUGCCGCCGCAUGAUCCAGGGCGUCGACCGCAACGGCGACGGCCUCGUGUCGUUCGACGAGUUCAAGCUCAUGAUGGCCGCCGGCGGCGGCGGGUUCGGCAGGAUCGGUGCCUAG